AAAAAAAAAUAGGUGGCCCACAACUAGUUGAGGAGUGUGUAGGGAAGAAUGGUCCAGGCAGAGGGAAGAAUGCAUGUAGGAUGCUGGGCUGGGGAGCAUGGUGUGCUAGAGCAGAGCUGUAUGGCGGACCCCAGGGAGCCAGCAGGAGCGAGGGGGUGGAGACUGGGGGGGCAGUAUGCAGGGUCCCAGCCGGAAAGCCAUGGGAGCCCCAUAAGUUUCUGCUCUUCAGGGUGUCAUGGCCAGAUGGAUGUUUUGUAAGGACCCCUGGCUGCCUCAUGGGGAACAGGGACAGGGAGCAGGGAGACCUGUUAGGAGGGCAUCACUGUCCUCCAGGUGAAGGAGACUGAGAGCUGGCACUAGGGUGGGACUAUAGAGGGGCAAAGAACAGAGGGGUUUGGCAGAUAUUUCAGGGGUAAAGUUUAUAGGAUUGAUAUCAAAUUGGAUAUGGGUCAUGAGGAAGAAUGGCUAUCAAGACUGCUUCUAGAUUUCCGGCAUGUCGACUGAAUGUUUGGUGGAGCAUUUGCAGGAGCAGGAAAUGCUGAAAAAGAAUCCUGUUUUGAAGAUCAUACGUUUGGAUUUGGACAUGUUGACUUUGAGGGGCUGGGAAACAUCCAAGUGUAGACGCUGAGCAGGCAGGGGAAUGUGUGGACCUGGUGCCUGCAGAUGUCGUCAGCAAUAGGUGACAAUGAAGGUCUGUGGAGUGAUUGAGAGUGCCCAGGGAGAGAGCUGGCACGUGGAGAAAGGCCCAGGCCCCAGCCUUGAGAACAUCCAUCUCCUCAAUCCAGACAUGGGUAAGCCAUGCCGCCACCCUCAUGGCACUGUGGUCACCCAAGGAUCUGUUGUUCAAGGCAGCGUGGAAGGAGAGCCAAGGCAAUGGUGAAUGAAGGCAAGAUUCUUCCCAAAUGGGUGACGUGUUCCACAGGCUGUGUACGAUGGCCUUUCCUUCUCAUUGACCUCAUUCACCUCUUCUAAGCUUCUUAGGGAGUUCUCAAGGUGUAUGCUUACCUGCCCCACCCUUCCUGAGGGCAGGCAUCACUCACGUUCCCCUUGGCCUUCCUCUCACGUCUGAAGCUGGCUCCCUUGUGUCUUUAUUGCCUGGAGUGCCUCUCCCGAGCUAGGACAGCUGGGAUGGCUGAACCGUGUGCUGUGCUCUAAUCACUUGCGGGGCAGAGUGAAGGGAAGCAGAGUCCCCAGGCAGCCAGAUCUGUGUGUCAGCGAGCGAGCUGGGGGAGCGACUGCGAUGGCUAGUGAGGGCCCUGAAUGUCAGCCUCAAACUCCAGGUGGCACCUUUAGGGGAUGGUGGUUCCUGGACAGCAGCCGGACCAAAGCUUUGUAUUGCCCUUGAAUCUGAGCUACUCUGAGCCAUGGGUGCAAAUUUGAAUGUAGCUGCCAGGGCAGGGUGGCCCUUGAGUGAACAUCAUCUUUAUCAUUUCCCCCAUGACGUAUCCAGUGGUCUUGAGCUUUUUAAACAUUCAUCUAGAGGUUUCGAGGUCUUCUCUGGGGUAGAGUCCUUCAGUUCCAAGUUCUGUUCUCAGGCACUUGGGGGCGCAGGUAUGCAGAAAGGCACAAGGGAAGUGGGAGGAGGCAAGAUGGAGCACAAGGGAGGAAGCCCCUGUUUUAGAGCCCUGAGCCUGAUCCCCAUCACAUGUAAACCAAAAAAUAUCGGAGACAGGCCUCAACCAAUUUAGUUUAUUUUGCCAACAUUAAGGAUGUGAUUGGGAGAGAGGUCUGUGUCUUUCUCCAAAGACAAUUUUGAGGGCUUCAGUAUUUAAUGGGGAAGAGCAGGCUGCGGGGGAAAGAAGGAGUCUGUGGGAAUCUGCGUGUUGCAAGAGAAAAGGAGCAGUUAGGGAAUUGAUGAUGAUGUAUUCGUCUUGCGCUUUGGACAAGAUAUUCCCCUGCUCCCUGGCUCCCCACGCCGGCUGAGCCCUCAGGCAGGGACCAGAGGGGGCCAGGGCCCCAAACACGGACAGCAGUAUCUCCAGACGCCAGGUCCCCGGGCCCCAGGUCUGCAGGGCAGUUCCAGCCGAGAUCCUGGCCAGCCCUGCGGCGGAGAGAGUGCCCGCAGCAGCUCUGUCAUCAACAACUAUCUGGAUGCCAAUGAGCCUGUGUCCUUGGAAGCCCGUCUUAGCCGCAUGCACUUCCAUGACAAUCAGAGGAAGGUCGACUAUGUGCUCGCCUACCACUACCGGAAACGUGGGAUGCACCUGGCCCAAGGCUUCCCUGGCCACUCGCUGGCUAUCGUCUCCAAUGGGGAGACAGGCAAGGAGCCUCAUGCUGGGGGCCCAGGUGACAUUGAGCUGGGGCCGCUCGAUGCCCUGGAGGAGGAGAGGAAGGAGCAGCGGGAGGAAUUUGAGCACAAUCUGAUGGAGGCUGGACUGGAGCUUGAGAAGGACUUGGAGAAUAAAAGCCAGGGAUCCAUCUUUGUCCGGAUACACGCCCCGUGGCAGGUGCUGGCCAGAGAGGCAGAAUUCUUGAAGAUCAAAGUUCCUACCAAGAAAAUGUACGAGAUCAAAGCAGGAGGCAGCAUUGCAAAGAAGUUCAGUGCAGCUCUGCAGAAGCUGAGCUCGCCCCUGCAACCCCGAGUUCCAGAACACAGCAACAAGAUGAAAAACCUGUCCUACCCAUUCUCCAGGGAGAAGAUGUACCUGUACAACAUCCAGGAAAAGGACACCUUCUUUGAUAAUGCCACCCGCAGCCGCAUUGUGCACGAGAUCCUGAAGCGCACAGCCUGCUCCCGAGCCAACAACACGAUGGGUAUUAACUCUCUGAUUGCAAACAAUAUUUAUGAGGCUGCCUACCCUCUUCAUGACGGUGAAUACAAUAGUCCAGAGGACGAUAUGAAUGACAGGAAGCUGCUGUAUCAAGAAUGGGCGCGCUAUGGAGUGUUCUAUAAGUUCCAACCUAUUGACCUCAUCAGAAAGUAUUUUGGAGAAAAAAUUGGACUGUAUUUUGCCUGGCUGGGGUUAUAUACAUCAUUCCUCAUUCCAUCUUCUGUAAUUGGAGUGAUUGUGUUUCUUUAUGGAUGUGCAACAAUUGAAGAAGAUAUUCCCAGCAGAGAGAUGUGUGACCAGCAGAAUGCCUUCAUCAUGUGUCCCCUGUGCGACAAGUCCUGUGAUUACUGGAACCUCAGCUCAGCCUGUGGGACCGCGCGGGCCAGCCACCUGUUUGACAACCCUGCCACCGUCUUCUUCUCCAUCUUCAUGGCUCUGUGGGCUACCAUGUUCCUGGAAAACUGGAAGAGGCUGCAGAUGCGACUGGGCUACUUUUGGGACCUGACUGGCAUAGAAGAGGAAGAAGAACGUGCCCAGGAACAUUCCAGGCCUGAGUAUGAAACCAAAGUUCGAGAGAAAAUGCUAAAGGAGAGCAACAAGUCGGCUGUCCAGAAAUUGGAAACAAACACUACGGAGUCUGGCCACGAGGAUGAUGAAGAUAAACUGACCUGGAAGGAUCGUUUCCCAGGUUACCUGAUGAACUUUGCCUCCAUCUUAUUCAUGGCUGGAAGUUGGAACUCCCGGGGAGUAGGUUGCCAGAUGGUGCUUCCACAUCGAGACAGACCAGAAACUUGGAGAAGGAAUCAGAUUGCCCUGACGUUCUCAAUCGUCUUUGGGGUGAUUGUGUAUCGAAUAACAACAGCAGCCGCUCUGUCUCUCAAUAAGGCUACACGCUCCAAUGUCCGGGUGACAGUGACAGCAACAGCAGUCAUCAUCAACCUCGUGGUCAUCCUCAUCCUGGACGAGAUCUAUGGUGCUGUGGCCAAGUGGCUCACCAAAAUUGAGGUUCCGAAAACAGAACAGACUUUUGAAGAGCGCCUGAUCCUCAAAGCUUUCUUGCUCAAGUUUGUCAAUGCCUACUCCCCCAUCUUCUAUGUGGCCUUUUUCAAGGGGAGGUUUGUGGGCAGGCCUGGAAGCUACGUCUAUGUAUUCGAUGGUUACCGCAUGGAAGAGUGCGCUCCAGGGGGCUGUCUCAUGGAGCUCUGCAUUCAGCUCAGCAUCAUCAUGUUGGGGAAGCAGUUGAUCCAGAACAACAUCUUUGAGAUUGGAGUCCCGAAGCUAAAGAAACUAUUUCGAAAGCUGAAAGAUGAGACAGAAGCUGGAGAAACUGACUCUGCCCAUUCGAAACAUCCAGAGCAGUGGGACCUAGACUACAGCUUGGAACCAUACACAGGACUGACUCCGGAGUACAUGGAAAUGAUCAUCCAGUUUGGUUUCGUCACCCUCUUUGUGGCCUCCUUUCCCCUGGCACCUGUGUUCGCCCUCCUCAACAAUGUCAUUGAAGUGCGGCUGGACGCCAAGAAGUUUGUCACGGAGCUGAGACGGCCGGAUGCUGUAAGAACCAAAGAUAUCGGAAUCUGGUUUGACAUUCUCUCUGGAAUUGGCAAGUUCUCUGUUAUCAGCAAUGCUUUUGUCAUUGCGAUCACCUCCGACUUUAUCCCCCGCCUGGUGUACCAGUACUCCUACAGUCACAAUGGGACUCUGCACGGCUUUGUCAACCACACCCUCUCCUUUUUCAACGUCAGCCAGCUGAAGGAGGGGACGCAGCCAGAAAACUCACAGUUUGACCAGGAGGUUCAGUUCUGCAGGUUUAAGGAUUACCGAGAGCCGCCCUGGGCCCCGAACCCUUAUGAGUUUUCCAAACAGUACUGGUUUAUUCUGUCCGCCCGUCUGGCUUUUGUCAUCAUCUUCCAGAACCUCGUGAUGUUCCUGAGCGUCCUCGUGGACUGGAUGAUUCCAGAUAUCCCCACGGACAUCAGCGACCAGAUCAAGAAAGAGAAGAGCUUAUUAGUGGACUUCUUCCUGAAAGAGGAGCACGAGAAGCUCAAGCUGAUGCAUGAGCCGGCCUUGAGGAGCCCAGGAGGUGGGGAUCGAAGCAGGAGCCGGGCAGCCAGCUCAGCACCUUCGGGCCAAAGCCAGCCAGGCAGCGUGAUGUCGUCAGGUUCUCAGCACACCAACGUGUGAGCAGUUCAGCCUGCAGCAGAGGAGGGCACGGCAGCGGAGACACGCACGUGCACGCAAGCGCGUUCCUACCCCCACACGGCGUGCUGUCUGUCUGCAGGGGCCCGGCUUGAUGGGGUCUUAAAGAGGGAAUAUGUGUAGAAAGAAAGAGGCUGAGAGAAUGGGUGUAGGAAGGAAGAGAAAUGAUGCUACUUCUCAGAAACUUCAAGCUUAAGUUUCUUUUAGGUCCUCUUUUAAGCUGCAUCCUUUUGAGGUAUCGGAACCCCACUGGGGUCUCUCCACCGCAGAGUUCUCAGGCACUGCAAGCAUUCCCACAUGCCCUGGGGCACCCUCCUGUACUUCACCAUCAUUUCUGACUUUGACCAGCUGUAAGAGAAAUGCAGUCAGGAGCACGGCAUCCCCUACCUACUAUCACUAGUGACUCAGAAAACUGAGUCACUUGCAAUGGGGCUGCCACAGUCUCAGCAGAUGCAAAUUAAGUUACAGGGCUGAAUGGUGCAGCCGCUGGACCUGAUAGGAAGAUGCAAAGGUCCAAACCUGGGCUUGUCUCCAGUUCACAUCACAAAAACAUUUGGAGCUAAAUGCAAGUAACUGUCAUUUUACGAAAGUUCAGAUUUAAAAUAAUAAAAUAAAUGGACACGUUCUUUAUAAAGAUG